CAAAGUCCCCCCCGUACUUCGCUGUAUCCACACUUGAGCAAGAUGGCCAAGAAGCCCACCGACGGAGUCGACUACCACGACAAAAUGAUCAUUGCGCAUGCCGUCUUCGCGUGCAUCGCUACCCUCUUCACUGCCCCUGCCGCCAUCCUAAUCGGGCGAUACUUUCGGGGUCGCCCAUGGUGGUUCAAGGCGCACCUCUGGCUCCAGUCAGUCACUGCAUCGUGCAUCAUCAUCGUAUUCGCUGUUGGCAUCGUCGCGGUUCUGUCCGGCGCCUCCCACAUCGUCCAGCUCACCGGCCCUAAAGCGGAUGCGCAUCACGACCUAGGCCUCGCCAUCCUUAUCCUCUUCCUCCUCCAAUACCUCCUCGGAAUCGCCGCGCACUACACCCACUCUGCGGGCCCGGCCGGGGCACAGAAAGGCGCCGCGUUUCCCACCCUUUCGACCCCGAAGCACGCCCUCCGCCACCUGCACGUGUUUUGCGGCGUUGCAAUGACAGCGCUGCUCUAUGCUGGUGUUAAGACGGGCAUGGACGAGUGGGACACCGUCAGCGACAUGGGCACCCGUGUGCCGAGUGGCAUUGUGGUCGUUUAUUGGUUGUUUUUUGGGAUCGAGGUCGCGGCGUACUUGUUUGGCUGGGUCAUGGAGCCACUUCGGGCCAAAAAGACACAGAGAGCCGCCGCCUCAUUAGAUGGUGGUAGCGAGGAAAAAGUCGCGGUCGAAGCGUAG